AUGGGAAACAUCAAUAAAGAGUUAAUUCAGAUACGGGAAAGAAGAACAAUUUAUAGAUAAUAAAAAAAAAAAUAAACCAACGGUUUUAUUAAUUUACCAAAUAAUCUUAAAAAUUUAUUUUUAUUAAAUUUAAGCAAAUGCAAAAUACAUAUCAAUAGGAGAUGUGGAAUUUUGUAUUUAUCAUAAUAUCAUGAAAUAAACUUUAUUGAUAUAUUGGAAAAAGCAAUUCAAAGCAACCCUAAUACAGAUCUGAAGAGGAGCCUCGAAUAAUAAAUAGAGAAGACACUAAAAGAUGUAUAACGAGAUUAAAUGGAGUUAUGA